AUGGAGGAUGAGCCGGUCGUCGCGUCUUCUGCUGGUACCCGAUUGCUGUCGUCGACACCCCAUGCCGUCACCCCCACCACCACCAACAACCAUCUCAUAAAUUUACCUCCUCCUCCAGGACACCCUUUAGCCACCUACGUCGUCCAAGUCCCUAAGGACCAAAUCUACCGCGUCCCGCCGCCCGAGAACGCCGCGUUCGUCGAACGCCACCGCAAGGCGGCCAAGGCUGGCGGAAAGAAAAGCAAAUGGAACUGCUCCAUCUUCAUGAUAUGGUUCCUGAUUGUUUUUCUCCUCUUGUGUGUUAUUGUAGGCGGAACCCUAACGGCGAUUCACUUCACCUUCACCCCCUUAGCCCCCAGAUUCUCUGUCACAAAGCUUCUGGUUAAGCAAACGAAACAAGGCAUCCCACCUACGUAUGACAUUACGUUGAAAGCCAAGAAUCUGAACGAGAAGAUGGGGAUCGAAUACAAAUCAGACGAAGACGGUGCGAGUCUCAUUUUCUGGACGAAGAACCUCGGAUUCGGAAACUUUCCCGACCUCAAACAAAACGUGGGAGAUUCGAACAACGUCAAUAUUAAAAUCCGUGGCCUGAAAGGAAAACAGGUGCCGACUAUAAUUCAGAAGAGCAUCAGCGACAAAAAGACGAAACGCCAAAUUUCUUUGAAGCUGAAACUCGAAUCUCCGUUGUUGUUUAACGUUUGGAUCUUGAAGCUUUGGAAGAAAGACUUGGAUGUCAAUUGCGACUUUAGGGUGAGCACCAUGGGACAAGGAACAAAAAUUCUGUCCCAAAAGUGUAAGACCAAAUUGUCUUAAAGAUUGAUGCAC